AUGACCGGUCGAGGCGGUGGAGCUGCUCGCAAGACGCUGCUUGCGCCGAUUCACUUCAUCUUCAAGCUUCUCCAGCAACGAGCCACGGUGUCGGUCUGGCUAUAUGAGCAGCUGGCUUUCCGGAUAGAGGGGAAGAUUCGGGGAUUCGACGAGUUCAUGAACCUGGUCAUUGACGACGCCGUGGAGGUCCGAUUGCCAACAAAGACGGAGGAGGAGAAGCGGAGACCUUUGGGCCAAAUCCUGCUCAAGGGUGACAAUGUGUCACUGAUCCAAGCCGUCCAGUGA